GAUUUGUAUAUAUGUGUACGUACGACUGAAGGACUUAAUAUCCAAAAAAACUGACCACCAUCUGACAAUUCUGACAUUAAUCUGUGAAAGUAAACGAACGAAAUCAAAAUGGUUGUGCUGUUUAUUAAUUUGUAAUAAAAAAUAGAAAUAAAGAAGCUGAAUAAGUCUUACAGUUUUAUGGUGAAUGAAGAUGGCAAAAGUAGAGCAACCGAUAUUUAUACUACCCAAGAAACGAAAUGGGAAAAAACAGAAUCCUGUAGUAAGCAAUGUUGACCAUAUCAUAAGUGUUCAGGGAGCUCUAGACGGAGAUUUCCACACAAAAUAUACUAAUGGAUUGUCACCAGUUUCUGAAGAUGAAUUUAACGGUAUUAUACAUUCAACAAUGGAAGGGUUGAAAGCAAAUAUGAAAAUUAAUCUUCCAAUUGUCAAUGAUGAACAUGACGAAGACAUGGAUGAUGCAAAUGCAGACCCGUUAAAAAUGCUUAAUAGCCACAAAAAUGGUUAUCAUGCUCUUUCUACAAUUCAUGGUAGCCGAGAGAUUAUUGACCUUUCUCCUAUAUAUGAAAACUCGUCUGACGCAUGUUCUAGUCAUGGUGAUCUCAGAGAAAACAAUGAAAGUGAUAUCCAGAAAAGUUGCAGAAUUUUAAAUGCUGAUAUUAAUGAAAGUUCCUCGGCUACUCCUAACAGCCUUUCCCAAACACAGUCUGAAAACAGUUUUGAAAUGGGAAAUCUGACAGAUAGUCUAAAAAACAGUGCUAAAAGAAAGAAACGAGUGAAUAUUGUUUCUGGCAUUUUAGAGUCUGAAAACACAGACACUGAGAUCACUGCAUUAAAAGUUGAAUCGGAGGGUUCACUUUCCCCAGAUUGCUCUGUGGCUGAAAAUAAGGAUGGCUAUUUAACAAUGACUGGAACAAUCAAAAGAGGUAAAAAGAAAGGACAAAAUAUUGAUGUCAAACUGAAUAUUUCGAGAGAAGAACUUGAGAUCAUCGAAGCAGCAAUAGUUGCUGAGGAAUAUAACAAAAUGGACAUCUCAAAAUGUUCCAUUUAUAAUGGGCUACAUAUCUUUUUAUUUAGUUUGUUCUGUGCACCAAUUGUUGCAUGUAUUUCUGCAUUGUACUCAUUCUACAUGGGUACCAUAACAUGGUAUAAUAUUUUUUCUCAUGUGACUGAAGAGUUGAACUGUUUCAAAAAAAUGUUACUAUCACCAAUAGUUAUAUUAUCAUAUCCAUUCUUGAUAGUGAUAUUUACUGUGGGUCUAGGUUUGUAUGCUGGCAUAGUCCAAUUGACAUUCAGUGGGGCCAAUUGGUGGAAAGAUGUGUGUGAUUUCGAAAAAGGUUUUUAUGGUUGGCUCUGUAGUACUCUAGGUAUGUCUGAGUGCAGCCCAUAUGAAGUAGUGGUUUUGAUGGAUGUCAAGCCAACAUAGAUGUUUUUGAAUGAUCUUUGACAUAUAUUUAUAUAUUAAAAUUAGGUGGUAAUGGCUAAUGUGUCAUCAGUGUGAUUUUAAAGUUAGUAAUGUCUCUUAAAACCAAGACAGGGAUUUUAUAAGAUUGAAUUGGAGUGGGAACAAGAGAGGAUAUUAUUGUAAUCAUCCGGUUUCUAAUUGCUCUUAGGAAGAAGUACUUUAGCAUGUUUUAUUUUGCUAAAUUAUUUUCUUCCAUAGUAUUUAAAGUAAACAUCUUCUAGUCAAAUAUACCAAAUUAUUCAUAGGAUAAGCUUAUUUGUAGUGGAGAUUUCUCCUAUAAGAUAAACAAAUUAUUUGCACAUUUUAUUAAUAUUUUUCCAACACCACAUCAACUCAAAAUCAUCAAUCUACCACCUAUGAAAAGUUUUUCUGAUAGAUUGAUUAGAAUAAAAGAUAAAAUGUAUUUAUAUGAAAAUGUGCAGAUGACUUGUUUUGCACCUUAUAGGAUGGCAUGAUGUAACCUUGUAUGUUUUUACAUAUCCAUUGUGGAAUUGUAUAGUAUUACCUUAAAGUAUAAAUUGUAUACUGCCGGAUUUACUGUAAAUAUUCUGUUUUUAUCCAAAUUUAAUUGAUAUUAUUUUAUAGUGUAGAGCAUUUAUAUUGGUGAUAAUUAUACAAAAUGGUUCUGCUUAGCAAAUUUAUUAAUUCUAAAUAACUAAAGCAUGCCUUGGCAUUGUAAUUGCCAAAUAUACUCAACAAUUUUAUCAGUUUUUGCUGGUUUGUGAUACAUUAAUCAACAUUCUAUAUUAUAAAGACUGAUGUACUCUAGUCACUUUUGUGGUAGUCAUUUUCUAUAAUAAAAUAUUUUAUAAAACUGAUUGUCUUUUUUUUUUCAAACCAUAUGAAACUACAAAUUAUAUGAAAUUAUAAUAUUCACUACAUUUAACUAGCAGUCUCAUGAGGAAUCUUUUGGCUGACUUUGUUCUUGUUUAGGUUCCUUUUGUUUGAAUUCAACGUCUAUCCUCUCCUUUGCUCUCACUAUUUUUGAUUGCAAAUAAAAAGAGCCACCUUUUGCUUUAUCAUUUACUGUGAACAAAUGUUCAUAUUUUUUCUUGACAUGUUCUGGAUCUAGUUUGUCUAAAUUCAGGAUUUGCAUAGCUUCCUCCAAAGAUAAGCCUGUAGAUGCGUUUGCUGCUGCUCUUCUAGCACCCUCUGGACCUCCACCAGCUCUUUUAGCAGCUUCUUGGGAUGCUGCUAUUUCCUGCUUCAGUGCCCUUGCGAAAGCUUUGCCUACCACUUGUACACCCAAAACUAUAAUUUGUGCUAUAUACUUAGCCAUUUUUGGUUGGAAAAUAAAGACAAGAUAAUAUUCAACAACAUUACGACAUUCUUUAAAAUUGAUAGUGGAACGAAUCUAAAAAAGUGAGGUUAGGGAUAUUCGAUAAACAUCGAUGUUAGCAAUGAAAAACAUCGAAUCGAUCCGAUAUUUUGAAAAGCUUUCAAUAUACUCGAUGCAUCGAUGUUUUAAAGAAACAUCGAAUUGGUAAUAGAGUUUGACCACGUAGUGAUAAUAUCCUCUUUGAUUUGACCUCAGUAAAAAAACUUAAGCUU